UUCAGCAGCCCCCUAUCUCUCGUUGGAGAAUCCAGGCAAAUGAAAUGAGAAAAUGGCAGACCUUCUCGCCCCUGGAAGCCACCGCCCUCCUCCAGCUCUGCCGCGACGCCGGGUCGCUGGCCCAGUGCAAGCAGGUCCACCAGCGGAUCGUCCAGCACGGCCUGCAGGCCGACCAGUUCGUGGCCACCAAGCUGACCCAGUCGUACGCGGACCUGGACGACGCCGCCUCCGCCGACCGGCUCUUCCGCCGCCUGCUCCGGCCCAACGUGUUCGCCUGGACCGCCGUCCUCGCCCACCGCUCGAGGAGCGGCGCGUUCGGCGCCUGCGUCGGCGCCUACCGCGACAUGAAGCGCGCGGGCGUCGCCCCCGACGGCUACGUGUUCCCGAGCGUCCUGAGGGCGUGCGCUCAGUCCGGGCGCGCGGAGGUGGGCGCGGUCGUGCACAGGGACGUGAUCGCGCGCGCGUGCGAAGCGAACGUGCAGGUCUGUAAUGCCCUGAUCGACAUGUACGGGAAAUGCGGGGACGUGGAGAGCGCGAGGCGGGUGUUCGACGAAAUGGGUGACCGGGAUUUGCUGUCGUGGAACUCCGUGAUGUCGGGGUAUAUUUGGAACGGGUUGCAUGGUUCGGCCGUGGAGUUGCUUCCGGCCAUGAGGUCGGAGGGGCUCGACCCCGAUAUCGUGACUUGGAAUAUGGUGAUGGAUGCGUAUUGCCAGAUGGGGCUUUUCGAUGAGGCUAGGAACGUGUUGGAACAAAUCGAAGAGCCUAACACCAUUUCGUGGACCACUUUGAUAUCGGGUUAUUGCAGGAUUGGUAAGCAUAAGACCUCGCUGGAGGUUUUUUGGGAUAUGGUAAAUGCAGGCAAGGUUUGGCCCGACAUGAGGACUCUGUCGAGUGCUCUAACGUCGUGCCGUCAUCUUGGGGCUCUUGUGAUUGGUAAGGAAAUUCACGCCCAUGGGAUCAAAACAGAAUCGAGGAGUUCAUUUUACAGUUCAGCCGGCGCUGCCCUGUUGACAAUGUAUGCCAAAUGCGGGAAAAUCCAGGAGGCAACGAGGGUAUUUGAACAGAUGGACAAGUCCGAUUUUGUCACUUGGAAUGCAAUGAUUCUCGGUUUUGUUGACCUGGGAUAUGGAAACUCAGCAAUUGUGUGUUUCAUCGAAAUGUUAAACCUUGGAAUCGCUUUCGAUCAAAUUACUAUAUCUACUCUUCUGCCGGUGUGUGACUUAACCUUGGGAAAGCAGAUUCAUGCCUACAUCCAGAAAAACAGCUCUCUCUCUGGUGUAAUCACGUGGAAUGCACUUAUACACAUGUACUCCAAACAGGGAUGCAUCCAAUCUGCUCUUUCCAUCUUUUCUAACAUGGAGACGAAAGACAUAAUUUCUUGGAACUCAAUUAUUGGAGGUUUUGGUAUGCACGGGCAUGGUGAAGCUGCUCUCCAGCUGUUGCAAGAGAUGAAAGUUUCUGGAUUUCAGCCCAAUUCUGUGACUCUUACUUCUGCGCUGUCUGCUUGCAGUCACUCGGGCCUCGUACAUGAGGGGCUUCGACUUUUCAACAGCAUGCCAAGCUUCGGUCUUACUCCGGCAAUGGAGCAUUUUGCUUGUGUUGUUGAUAUGCUAGCACGUGCUGGGCAGCUUGAGGAAGCUGUGGAGCUUAUUAGGAAAAUGCCUUCUCCUCCUGACAAACGAAUUUGGGGGGCUUUACUUGCGGCUUGUCAAGCUUAUCACAAUGUUGAUGUUGCUUGCCUGGCUGCAGAAGCAUUGAUCCACUUGGAACCUGACCAUGCUGGACAUUAUGUUACGUUGGCAAAUAUAUAUGCAAAAGCAGGCAGGUGGGAUGAUGCUGUAAGAGUGAGGAAGGUGAUGGAAGGACAAAAAUUGGUCAAGCCAUUUGGAUAUAGUUGGGUUGAAGGUGAAGAUCAAUGUCAUGAUGGACGGAGUGACAGACGAAGUGACUUGUCUUAUGCGUUAUAAUUUUCUUCCCCAUUGAGGUGGUUGGUGUAUGUCUUCUGGGAUCUAAAUCAGCAUGUACUCUGCCACUCUUUUGGAGAAGGUUGGACAACAUAGACGUGGUUUUGCAACCUUACUGUGAGUCGGAUACGUGUGGGAGUGACAAUGGUUGAAAAGAUUUAUUUUUGAAGAAGGGAAAGCCAUAAAUGGCUUGAAGGGAUUUCAUUGGAUACAAUGUUAAGAGAAGGGACAUAUGUUGGGCUUGCACUGGGACGGUACUCUGGAAAGAGGCGACCUGUCUUGUAACGGAUACCACAAGCAUUGCAGAGAGUUUUGGGCCCCAUGGGCCCCAGUCUCCACAUUGGGGACUCGGUUGCUGCACAAUGCACACAUCUUCUCGGUUGAUUCGGCUGCUGUGGAGACUGAUCCUCCUCCUUUCUUCUCCUUUUGGCAGGGUCCUGCGGAUUCUCAUGGAGAGAAGAUUCUGAGCAUGAUUUGAGAGGAGAGUGUUAAAAGCAGUAGAGGAUUGAAGCUGGUGAAGGGAUAGUGACUCUAAGAUUACAAAUAUACCCUAUUGCUUACUGCGAGGGCAUUUCUCAUGGUAAGAGAGGCUGGAGGUGUUGGGUGCCAAGAUUUCGGAAGUGUUAAAGCUACUGUUGAUCUCCAGGACUGAGACUGGACUUGGAGCCUCGAUUAGCAUGGCUUGUUGACCACCUGGAGUAUUAUCCUCAACUUGGCUUGGCAGAACUUGUCGUGUACUUCUUUGCUCGGCCUGAACACGAAAUCAGAGUUCAAGAAAAGAAGAAGGGCUGGAGCCUCCACCGGGUUAUGAUGAUUAAUUGAAUGAGCAUAGCGAUCUCAUGAUGAACACAGAAUGAUAAAGUGACAGUCACCCUUCCAGGCAGUCCUUGGGUCCAAGGAGUGCAGGACAUCUUACCCUAUGUGAAAAGCCACACAGCCAGUUCAUCCAUUUUCGAGUAAUCCUCCUCCCCAACAACUACAAUUUCUUUCCUAAAAGCAACUUCAGUCACAGACAGCUGAAGUGAUCGUGAAAAUCUUGCUUCCGUGGCAAUUAAAUCCUUGCAACGAUGCACGCCAUUGCCUAUUGAAACAAAUGCAGCUUGUUGAAUGUAUCGUUCUUUUCUUUUUCGAUUUGACUGUUGAAUAUCAUGUUCACUUUGGCAUUGCAGUGCUACUUUUUACUCCUAUCUUUACCCAAUCCACAAAUUCAUUGAUUUUUC